GCAGUAGUGGUUUACACGCAGUCUAUUUUUAACUAUACCUUGUCACUAAUUUCACUAAUCUAAAUUAUUUGCCCAAUUUUCAAUAAAAUAUAAAAUAAUAAAAGAACGUAAUUUGUCUUUAAAAAGUAUCUAAAUAGCUGUCUAGCCACAAUGUACGCGGCGACUAAUAAGUAAUGGAAGAAGCAAUCAGUCUAACGUGAGUUGUCAAUUGAAAUAGGUAAAUAAUAAAAAAAAAAUUCUAUAUGGAAACUGCGUAUUCCGAAUUAAAUUUAACUAGAAUAUGUCGAAUUUGUUUAAACGAAUAUUCUGUAAUGAAAGAUUUGUUCCAGGAUAACCUAGUAGAAAUUGUACAAAGUUUAACUACCUUGCAAAUUCACCAGUAUGACUUAAUGCCUAACCUUUUAUGUAUUCAUUGUUUUGACGAUAUAAAACACUUUAAUUUAUUUAGAAAUAAGGCUUUGGAAAACGAUAAACUUUUACAAUCAGUUUUAAAUUCUAAAACGUACACAAAUAAUAUAUAUUUUGAAAAUCCAUUAACAAAAAAUGAUGUUCAGUUAGAAAAUAAUACAAGUAAUUUUGUAGAAAACUCUCAGACUGAGUCGACCUCUAAACAGGUUAAUCAGUGUAAUAUUUGUAAUAAGACUUUUAAACAUUCAACAUCAUUAAAACGACACCUUAAACUUCAUACUGGCAGUAAACAGUAUGAAUGUUCAUUUUGUGGAAGGAGAUUUUUUGAAAACGGUAAUCUUCAAAAACAUUUAAGGCAGCACAAACAAAUUGCAAAAAAACAUCAAUGCAAUGAUUGUGGUUCUAAGUUUUACGAUAGAUAUAAAUUACAAAUUCACAUGAAAUGCCAUACUGGGGAGAGACCUCAUGGAUGUAAUAUUUGUGGAAAGGGAUUUUCGACAAAGUCCCAGGUGCAACUUCAUAAAACAGUUCAUACACAAGAACGUAGGCAUCACUGUGAGAUUUGUAAAAAGAAUUUUGCUUAUAAAACUUCGUUGUUAAAACACUUGAAAAUCCAUACAGGGGAGCUACAGUAUUUUUGCCAAGAUUGUGGUCAAUCAUUUACGCAAAAAGUAAAGUUACUAGGUCAUAUUCGUAACAAACAUUCCAAGGAAUGUCCUUUUAUGUGUAAUGUAUGUGGACAGAUGUUUCCCUUGUCUGAGCAAUUACAAAACCAUUUAAGGACUCACACUGGUGAAAAAAAACUUCUAAAGCAUCCAUGUUCUGUUUGUAAAAAACUGUUUUCAUCUCAAUCGGAGCUUCGAAUCCAUACUCGCAAGCACACAAACGACAGACCCUAUCAGUGUGAUAUUUGUGGAAAAAAAUUUAAAGCCUCUUCACACGUGACAUCACAUAGACGAAUACAUACUGGUGAAAAAAACCAUAUUUGUGAUUGCUGCGGAAAAUCAUUUAGAGAAGCAUCUACUUUAAAGGUUCAUUAUAGAAUUCAUACAGGAGUGAAACCUUACAGGUGUACAGUGUGUGAAAAGAAAUUUACGCAGAAAAAUACUUUAAUUGUACAUUCAAAGAUACAUGAAGUUAAUUAAAAAGAUUAAAUGCAUAUUGAAAGUGUUCGCUAAUGUCUGAACUCAUGAAGAUAACAAUGAAAUGCAAAAGUAGGUAUGAAAAAAAUUCAAAACUGUUCUAUUUGUUACAGAUGUUUCUGGUGAUGUUUUAUUUGUUAAUCUUAGCUUUACAUACUUUUUAUGUCCUUUGUUAUGUAUCCAUCUCUUCUAGAUUAGAAAUCCUAUGCCACUUGUUCUACCAGUAGGCGUUUCUUUGUAGUUUUUGUUUUGUAAAAAGCAAAGACAAGAAGGUAAACCCUUUUACAGUCGAGUAAUUCUAGUGGUGCCUUCCGUGUGUAUAUUGAUCUUGAACUUCUGUAAGUUGUAGUCCUCGAGAAAUAUUUAUAACGAUUUAAAUAAAUUAUCUAUGUAAAGUUGAGAUUAUUGCUCUACUCCAAGGGUGAACAAAAGCCGGCCCGCGGGCCGAAUCCAGCCCUUUUGCUUACUUUAUCGGGCCCAUUGAAAAAUCUUGUAUGCAAUUUUUUUUAUUUCUUAUAUACAAUUUUGUUGAAAUUAAAAGUAUUUGUGUGCGUAUCAUACAUAUUAAUAAUUAAAUAUAUAAAUAAUAGAGAGUA